CCUGGGUCCCUUCUUUGUAACCCCCCAUCUCUCUCCUUCUUCCCCUCCCUUCUACUCUCUUUGUUUUUGUCAGAGAGAAAGGAAAAUGAAGAGAAGGGAAUUUUGGAGGUGGGGUUGGGUUCCGGGAGGACAAGCACUUCUCAUCUUUCUCAACCACCCAUUUCUUCCCUCUACUAAGGUAAAAUGACUACACUACCCUUGCUAAUCUAAGGUCAUAUUUAUCAUGAUGCUCUCUCUCUUCUCCCCCUUUGUACAACAGUAACAACAUUCUCUUGUCAGAAUAGGAAGAAAAAAAAGGCAGACAGGAUGGAGCCAGGCAAUUGUAGUUUUAGUUUUCUUUCUCUGUUAGAUCUUAGAUUCCUUACAUACGUCUCCUUUUGGCUAAAUCCUCUUAGAACUUUCUAAGAUUUGUUGCUUCUAGAAGGAAGAGGAGCAUAGGAAAUAAGGAAUGGCCACCAAUCAUCAUCAAGGGUCUUUCAGGUUCCAGCAAUUGAUGAUGAUGAUGAUGAUGAUGAAGGAAGAAGAAGAAGCUGGUCAUUUAAUUAUGAAUUUGCCUGGAAUUUCUUCUUGUAUUUGAUAAUAAUAUAAGGAUGCAUCGAUGCUUUCAACUUCUGCUUCUUGACUUCUUCCCAUCCGCAAUCACAUCUCCGUCGAAUCCCGGGGGAUUUUUUGUUUUCCGCCGGCGAAUAAUGACCCUCAUCGUUGGUUUCCCGCACGAUGGAGCGAUCGAGACUCCACUAUCUUUCCCUCUUCUAACAUCAGAUUUCCAGACAGUCGAGUCUCUGUCUUUGCAUUGAGGACAACGCCCAAAGGGGUGAGUAUGAGUUGAUUUCGACUGUUUAAGUCUCAUAAUUUCCCUUUUGAUAUUGAUCUCUACUUCUCUUUUCAUGUUUAAUUAGUCUGAUUCCUUUAAUGGCGGCUGAUUAUGCGUUAAUUUUGCUGGCCUCCAUUAAGUAUGUUUAAUUUAGUCGAUUUGAUGUCUAAUGUUUGGAGAAAUAAAUGAAAUUGAAUUUUAGUUUCUGUCCAAUGAUGAAAUUUCAAUUUUAGUUUCUGAUCGUGAAUGGUCUCUUUUUUCUUCCAUACUGAUCCUGUUAGAAGAUAGUGAUCAUCCAGUGAUAAAAUUCCUUUUAUGUACUGUGUUAUGUUCCCAAUUGCAAGCUGACUUGAAACCCAUAUCAGAACUAUGGGAUUCUGGUGUGGGGUUCAUAUGGCCUUGGGUUCUCCCACCUCAAUAGCUAGCUUUUGAAUUGUGGUUCUCCUAAGAUUUAUAUUGUAUCAAUUGGUAUCGGAGCUGGUCACCAUGUCUCCCAGUUGCAAUCCUGUAGCAUGGGUGGGGGAUGCUGGAAUGACAGUGGAGCAUGUUUGGAUUUUGUAAGGUGACUUGGAAAGAAACCCAUUGUGUGAAAAACAUUCCAGAAUAAAUAAAUUGUUUUUCCAUUUUAACUGAAAAUGAUAGAUAAGAAUGAUUUAUUUUUAUAAAGCUACCCAUGGUUGUCAUAUUGUUUCUUCAUUCUUAAUUUGAGCUCUAAGAACUACAGUUAUAUUAAUUGAAUAAUUAUAGUUCAGUGAU